UUCAUAUCUCAAUUAUAAUCACAACAUUCGGUUAGACAUUCUAUUUAUUUCAUUUGAUUGAGUGGGAAAUUAGCCAUAUUUGUCAUGUCACGCCUCUUAAGCCAAAGAAAAUUGGAAAGGAGGUGAGGAGAGUGUCUUCGCUGUGGAAAGUGUGGCAUGGUGAAUUUACCAUUAAGCCAUAGUAGCACCCAAAAUCUAAGUGGAGCCAUUAAGUUUGUUUACCCUAUUGAAACCUAUAACCCUCUUACAUUAUAGACUUAUAGUGUUACAUUUGGUCACGACUCAGGGGUCGUAGUUUUCGUUCCUUUCGUUCUACCCUUUAUAUUUGCUCUCAUUCACUCAUCCUCUUGCAAUCUUUCCCCUGUUCUUGAAUCCUACACCCAAGGGCCAAGAUACUCAGACCAGUCAACACCCCUGAUACAGCCUUCUGUACCCUAUUAAUUUCUAGGGUUUCAACAAUAACCAAUAAACCCUAAUUCAACAACAAAUGGCGAAUUUGAUUCAAAUCGGGUCAAGCACAGUGCUUUCCCCCUUUCCAGACUCCACCAGAUUCAAAACCAUAAACCCAAUUCUCCCAAGAACCCAAUUUGCGAAUUUAACCAAACAUCAUAAACCCUUUCUUCGUGGCACCACCCUAACGGUGGCUAGGUUCGGGCCUGGGCAGGUUCAGUUUCCUGACCCGGAAAACUUCAAAGACCUGAUUGAUAGAGCUGAAGGUAUCAUGUAUACGAUUGCUGACGCUAUUGUUUCUGCUACUCCUGAUUCUGGUAUCACCACGAACGUUGGAACCAAACAGAGUAAUGAUUGGCUCUCUGGAAUCACUAAUUACAUGGAAACUGUUCUCAAGUUUUUGAAGGAUGGUCUCUCUACGCUCCAUGUUCCAUAUUCAUAUGGUUUUGCUAUUAUACUCCUUACUGUUCUUGUGAAGGCUGCAACAUUUCCUCUGUCAAAAAAGCAGGUGGAAUCUGCAAUGGCAAUGCGAUCUUUGCAACCUCAAAUAAAGGCUAUUCAGGAACGGUAUGCUGGUGAUCAGGAGCGCCUUCAGCUUGAAACUGCAAGAUUGUACAAACUUGCAGGGAUAAAUCCCUUGGCAGGAUGCUUGCCAACCCUAGCCACAAUACCCGUUUGGAUUGGUCUAUAUAGAGCCCUAUCAAAUGUUGCAGAUGAGGGACUUCUGGCUGAAGCUUUCUUUUGGAUUCCAUCCCUUGCUGGCCCCACAACGGUUGCUGCUAGACAAAGUGGCAGUGGCAUUUCUUGGCUCUUCCCUUUCAUUGAUGGUCAACCUCCACUUGGGUGGUCAGAUACAGCUGCAUAUCUUGUGUUGCCUGUGCUCCUUGUGGUUUCUCAAUACAUAUCUGUUCAGAUCAUGCAGUCAACACAACCACAGAGCAAUGAUCCAAAUAUGAAGACUUCUCAAGCCAUAACCAAAUUCCUGCCAUUGAUGAUUGGUUAUUUUGCACUUUCAGUGCCUUCUGGUCUAAGCCUUUACUGGCUGACAAACAAUAUAUUAAGUAGUGCACAACAAAUAUGGCUUCAAAAAAUGGGGGGUGCAAAUAAUCCAGCAAUAAAAAAAAUUAAUUAUGAAGCUCUUAAAGAAGAUAAGCCCAAGGUUGAGGAAUCAUUGUUGCAAAUGCAAACAACAUCAGUUAAAGCACCUAAAAUAGAGAAGCCUGAUGCACAAGGGUAUCUCCCUGGUGAGAGAUUUAAACAGUUAAAGGAACAAGAAGCAAGGAAGAAACAACAAAAGGAAGCGGAAAAAGCUAAACAGAUUUCAUUAACAAAGGAAGCCAUCAAGGGAGACACAGACACAGACACGAAAGUAGAUCAUGAAAAAGCUGAUUCCGAUUCCGAUUCCAUCAAGUCUCUUAAUGGAAAUGUUACGUCUUCUGAUUCCAAUCAAGCUGAGAAAACUUCGAUGGAAUACAAUAGCAGCAGCAUUGAAAAGGAAAAAGCUGCGACUUGUACAGCAGAAAAUGAAGAUGAAAGAGCAUGAGAUGAGAUAAUUUCACCAAUUUAGAAAGAGGAAAUACCUCACCACAUACACGGGUGAUUUUACCACCAAAUAUAAUGGGAGGAGAGAAAUACGUUGGGAUGGGAUGGGUUGGGUUUGAACAUACACAUAAGGUAAAAAGUGUAGAUACGUAACUUCUGUUACCCAAUACAAUGAACAUUGAAUGAGAGGUUGGUUCCUUUUAAAGAUGAGUUUUCCAUGAUAGUGUAGAAUUUGUCCUACUUAGACAUUCUUUGUACCAUUUUUUGUGUUUAACUUUGAUUUAUCUUUUUGUUUUUCAUAAUAUAUGACACUCAUUUUGCAAAAUGCGAAGAUUUCUAUUGUGGACUUGUAGAACAAAAGAUGAAUAUUAUAUUUCAAAAGUGCAU